AACAAACCUCAUCAAGUCAGUUUCUAGGGGCGACCGGAAUGACGCGACUUUUGUGCCUUACUGCCCUGACGAUCUUCCCCAUUAUCCUUUGCCUCACAACAUCCGCCGCCGUCACCGCGUCUGACACACUGGACAGCGGCAGCAACAUCACCGACGGUGCAACGCUGGUCUCGGCCGGCGGGUCCUUCACCCUUGGUUUCUUCUCCCCGACCGGGGUGCCAACCAAGAGAUACCUCGGCAUCUGGUUCACAGCAUCGCCGGAGGCCAUCUGUUGGGUGGCCAACCGUGAAACGUUCCUCAGCAACACCUCAGGAGGUGUACUGGUCAUCGGCAGCACCGGGAGCCUCCGCCUUCUCGACGGCUCUGGCCGCACCGCGUGGUCUUCCGUCGACUCGACGAGUUCUUCUGCUCCGCCUGUCGUGGCGCAGGCGCAGCUGCUCGAGUCCGGCAACCUAGUGGUGCGCGACCAGAGCGGCCGCGACGUGCUUUGGCAGUCAUUCGACCACCCGUCGAACACCUUGCUCGCCGGCAUGAGAUUCGGUAAGGACCCGCGGACUGGCGCCGAGUGGUUCCUCACGUCGUGGCGUGCGUCGAACGACCCGACGCCGGGGGGCUACCGUCGUGUGCUGGACACCAGGGGCGGCCUCCUGGACUCCGUCUCGUGGAAGGGCAGCGUCAAGAAGUACCGAACGGGGCCCUGGAACGGGCUGUGGUUCAGUGGCAUCCCCGAGACGGCGUCGUACAAGGACAUGUACUCCACCCAGCUCGUCGUCCGCCCCGAUGAGAUCGCGUACGUCUUCAACACCGCGGCCGGCGCGCCCUUCUGCCGCCUCGUGCUGAACGAGGUCGGCAUGGUGCAGCAGCUGGGGUGGGACCCGGUUAGCCGGGUGUGGAACGUCUUCACGCAGGCGCCGAGGGACGUCUGCGACAACUACGCCAAGUGCGGCGCGUUCGGCCUGUGCGACGUGAAGUCGGGGUCCACGCUGUUCUGCAGCUGCGCCGUGGGGUUCAGCCCCGUGAACCCCUCGCAGUGGUCCAUGAGGGAGACCCGUGGCGGGUGCCGGAGGAACGUGCCGCUGGAGUGCGGCAACGGGACGACGACGGACGGGUUCAAGAUGGUGCGGGCAGUGAAGCUCCCCGACACGGACAACGCGACGGUGGACAUGGGCGCGACGCUGGAGCAGUGCAGGGCGAGGUGCCUUGCCAACUGCUCGUGCGUGGCCUACGCCGCCGCUGACAUCCGAGGAGGAGGCGGUGGCCAUGGCUGCGUCAUGUGGACGGACGCAAUCGUGGAUGUUCGUUACGUAGGCAAAGGCCAGGAUAUCUACCUGAGGUUGGCAAAGUCUGAAUUAGUUGAGAAGAAGAGGAAUGUGGUAAUAAUAAUCUUGCCACUAGUUACGGCAUGUCUGCUUGCGCUCAUGGGGAUGCUCCUUGUUUGGAUAUGGCGCAAGCACAAGCUUAGAGGCAAACGUCGAAGCAUGGAUGAUAUCCAGCACAAGACCAUAGUAAGACACUUGGACGAGACAAAUACCCUUGGCGACGAAAAUCUCGACCUGCCGUUUUUCAGCUUUGGAGAUAUUGUUUCUGCAACAAAUAAUUUUGCUGAAGAGAAUAUGCUCGGGGAAGGAGGCUUUGGGAAAGUUUAUAAGGGUAUUCUGGGCGAAGAUAGAGUGGUUGCAAUCAAAAGGCUCAGCCAGGGCUCUGGACAAGGCAUAGACGAAUUCAGAAAUGAAGUAGUUCUGAUUGCGAAAUUGCAGCACAGGAACCUUGUCAGGCUCCUUGGUUGCUGCAUCCAUGGAGAUGAGAAGCUGCUCGUUUACGAAUAUUUACCAAACAAAAGCUUGGAUUCCUUCAUCUUCGAUGCUGCGAGGAAGAACGCCCUUGAUUGGCCGACAAGGUUCAGGAUAAUCAAAGGGAUAUCAAGGGGAGUCCUUUACCUGCACCAGGAUUCGAGACUGACAAUCGUGCACCGAGAUCUCAAGACAAGCAACAUAUUGUUGGACGCGGAUAUGAACCCAAAGAUAUCAGAUUUUGGUAUCGCGAGAAUCUUCGGAGGGAACCAACAGGAAGCAAACACUACCCGAGUUGUUGGGACGUAUGGUUACAUGUCUCCUGAAUACGCAAUGGAUGGAGCUUUUUCAGUCAUGUCUGAUACAUACAGCCUCGGUGUCAUACUGUUGGAGAUCGUAAGUGGUCUGAAGAUCACUUCCACCCACUCCACGAGCUUCCCUAGCCUAUUAGCCUAUGCAUGGAGCCUAUGGAAUGGUGGCAGAGCAAUGGAUUUGGUGGACUCAUCCCUGCUUGAAAGUUGUUCGGCAAGUGAAGCUAUGAGGUGCAUACACAUAGGACUCUUGUGUGUGCAAGACAAUCCAAACAGUAGGCCACUCAUGUCAACCGUUGUGUUCAUGCUGGAGAACGAAACCACGUUGCUUUCGAUCCCAAAGCAGCCCCUGUGCUUCUCGCAGUGGUAUUUAGAAGCCCAAGCGACAGGAGAAAACACAAACAGCUCCAUGAAUAGCACGAGCGUCUCAGUGCUGGAGGGACGGUAACGGUAAGUGAUUUUUGUUUGUUAGGGCACCCCGCACUCUCAAUAGUUUGACAACUUCUUCAAGGGUACUAUCAUUUGGAGCUGCCCUUGGUAUAUUGAGACAAGAGUUGGAGUACAACUAGGAGUAGGCUAUAUUUUUAGAAAUGUGAUUACAUAGUUACUGGGACACUGGCCUCCUUAUUAAUUGUAUGGAAAUGGAACCGUACUUAUGUCGAUUUGGGAGGGCUCUCCGGCGGCUUCGGCUCCAGCUCCUCGCUAGAGCCCUCCCAAACGGCACGCCGAAAACGGCUCCGUACCGAGAGCAGGAGUCACUUUCGGUGUCGGAAGCUAGAGCCCGAAAAGGUGGCUUCGAGCAACUUCAUGAUGCCCUUCUCUCGCCUGGUGUUGGUGCUUGACUGACAAAAGGGUGUGAUCUCGGCGCAUGUCCGACGUCAGGACAUGAGCUUGUGUGUGGGUGGUGGGGUGCGGGCGGUAGCACGAGCGCGUACCGCGGCAAGCGCAGGAGGUGGUAGCGCGAGCACGCAGGCAGUACAUGGUGUGCACCGCGAGCGCGCGAGCGUUCGUGCAAAUAUUCCUAACACGCGUAGUGUUGUCGGUGUAGUGUUCCUCGUGGGCGCUUCAAAUACUAGGCGCACAAGGUGUUCGUGCAAAUGUCUAACAAGGGCGUUGUAAACAUUUUGACUCAUACACAAAAUUAAAAAAAUAUCAGAGGAGCUGUUUCCC